CCCUACAGUACUUGCACCCGCCCGCCACCGAUGACGUCUCCGAACCAGAAGAUACCCCUUCCCGAGGGUUGGGUUCAAGAAUUCGACAGCAAUCAUGACCAUCCUUACUGGAUUGAUACCAAAGCAAAACCACCACGGGCGAUAUGGGUUCAUCCUUAUGAGGAUGAACAAUUUCUUGUUGAACACCCCGAGAUUCGUAACAAACUCUCAAAAUACGGGAGCUCGGACUUGGAAGCACCUCCCCCGUACGAGAACGCGAGGCGUCAUUCGUUCGACGGAGGAUCGCCCAGUGUAUCAAGAUCUAGCACGGUCUUGUCAGGCGUCAAAACUCCGUCUGCGGAGGACCAUCCUGAAGGGCGGAAACGCGGCAUGUUCAGUAGACUGAAGGACAAGGCUCUCGGGACAAAGGAGGAACGAGAGGCACAUAAGAGACAACAAGCCGAAGAAAGAGCGCGUGCUGAGGAAGAGUAUCGUCAAGCUCGUGUACAAAAUCUCCGCGCCCGAGCUGCGGCCAUGCAGCAGAUACACCAAGGGCGGCCAAUAGGAGGGAGCGCGUAUGCAGGGUAUCCCGGCAUGUCUGGAUCGCUAGGUGGACCCUCCAGGUACGGACCUCCCGGAGGAACGCCAUGGGCAAACGAUGGUUAUCCGCAGAGCGCAUAUACGCGCCGUGCCGGCUUCGGUGGCGGUGGAAUGGCACUUCCUCUCCUUGGAGGACUUGCUGGAGGCUUGUUGCUUGGAGACGUCCUCGAUGGAGGCUUUGGCGGUGGCGGUUUCGAUGGUGGAUUCGGUGGUGGUGGGUUCGGUGGUGGGUUCGGUGGAGGGCUCUUCUGAAGUUUUGCGGGUUUAUUAGAGGGUUUGCCGGAUUGCUGGGUGAUCUAAUGUCUUGGUUAACUUGGACGAGCUUGUUAUUACCAACAGAACUGGUGCCAGUGUAUAGUAGCAAGGAAGACAUGUAGCUUUACUUCCCUUUAAGCUGAUUAAUCGAG